AUGGGACACAAUCUCAAGGGCCAGGAAGACGACUUGAUCGAGGAUCUUCCCGUUGGUCUGCGCCGUGCCCGCCUCUGCUGUGUUGUGAGCUGCACCGUGGUGGCGGCGCUCCUCAGCCUCGUCACGCUGGCCCUGCUCAUUUGGGCCAUGACGGUCUUGGACGUUGAUACGUACGGCCCCGAGGGUGCCGUCUUUCGGGAUCGCGCCGUCGGUUUUCUCAAGCCCGUGGAGUGUACGGGUCAAGUUGCUAUCGGCCAAGGUGACUAUGUAGUCCGCAGCACGGCCAAUGAACCCCUCAAUGUAGCUGCUGCUGACUCGUAUCGGCUGACCGCACGGUCCGCCACGGCACGUAGCACAAGCAGUAUCUCCAGCACGCCCGCCGAUGUCACUUUCAACGCCUCAAAGAUGACGGCUCGCAGCGCCGUGAAUGAAUCCGACAUUUACUUUGAGAUGGACCCGGAACAGAGUUACGUACGCAGUCGCCGAGCUUUUUUCGAUACCCCAGCCGUGCGUACAGCAGGCAACGCCAAGGUUGGUUCGGCUCGUCAUUCAGAACCUCGGACCUUUGGCUUCAAGGCAUGUGCAAGCUAUGGGAUGGCUUCAGUGGCUUACGCUUGCAUGAACAACCCCCGCUGCAUGUGGCACAGGAUGCCUCUGACCCUCGCCACCCUGCGCCACAGACCUAUCUCACCAGUUGUCCUCAUGACUUGA